AUGGACGCGACGUAUCAUAAUCACCACAUUUGGACAACAAACAACGGAUUCGUGCGAAAUAAUGCGCGGCCAGCAACAGGCAACCUUAGCAUACAUAGCACCGAUUCAGCUGCAGACGAUACAUCCUAUUUGCCAGGUGCUAAUGGCUCCACCACCGCGUUAGGCAAGCGCCCGCUUUGCGACGCUACGUUCGUCGGCGUACAAUCAAAGUUUCGACGGAAAUAUUACCAGAAGACCUUGAUCGGUUUGCUCAUACUUUUGAUAAUCAUUUUAAUCAUAGCUAUAAUAAUCGUGUGUAUAAGGCGCCGCACAGAACCUGAAGUGUGUCGCAGCAACGAGUGUCUCCGCACAGCGGCUGGCCUCAUUUACUCAAUGGACGAAGAGACUGAUCCUUGUGAGGACUUUUAUAAAUUUACCUGUGGCCGUUGGGCGGACGAUCAUCCCAAACCCGAUUCGGCCACAUCAAAUGACUGGUUUCGUGAGCGGCAAGCGAAAAUUAUGCGCAUGCUACGUUCCUUCCUGCAAACGAAUAUAAGCGAGGAGGAACCCGCCGCUGUGGGGAAGACGAAAAUAAUGUAUCGCGCUUGCAUGAAUACGGAAUUAUUGGAUAAGCGUGAGCUAGAGCCGCUGAUAUAUUUUCUGCGGAAGUUUGAGCUACCACUUUUACCGAGCGUCUUUAAUGUGACACUGCCGGAGGAGGUGUUGCGGAAGUACGGCGAGGAAACGAAAUUUGAUUGGUUGCGCAGUUUAGUACUCAUUAAAAAGAACUUAGGCAUGGAUUUGAUAGUGGGAUUCGAUAUAUUCCCCGAUCCGGUAAAUCGUACAAUCAAUCGCAUAGCUUUGGGCACGCCCGAAACGGAUUCUUCAUUGCCUUUCAACAAAGACGACAUGCAUAAGUUGUUGAAUAAAAUCAAACGGAAAACCAUAGCCAACCACGAGGAGGAUGAUGAAGACAGCGACGAGUUGGAGGAUGAUAUAGAAGAAUCACAGAAGCACACCUCCUCAGGAUUGUUGACUUAUGUGGCGUAUAUCAAGAAAAUGAUUGAGUUAUAUGUGUUGUACUUAAAUCCUGAUGCGGAAGUUGAGUCCCUCGAAGACUCGAUAAGCGAGAUGGCUCUACAGGCUGUGAAGUUCGCGAAAAAAAUGUACAAGUUGAAAGAUGAUGCCGAAAACUUGACGAAAACUCUGACAAACCCCAUUGAGGACCUCGUUUAUUUAUCCGUCGCGGAUUUACAAAAUCGCACCAACAAACUAAUUGCCCCGAAUACAAUACUCAACUGGGAAGCAUACUUGCAGGUGAUGAUGGACGAUACCAUUCAUUCACAAAACCUUAACCUUAGCGAGUUGACCAUCAUAACCAGCAAUGCGGACAUCGUUUAUUUGCAAAGCCUCGUUGAGUAUCUGGCAGAUGCGUCGCCAACACAUAUCGAGUUCUACAUCUGGCUAAGUGUCGUUGAGGAGUUGGUAUUGCACACGACCAGCGAGAUGCGAUUGUUACACUCCGAAUAUAUGCGUCUAAUUGUGGGCACCGAAGGCAGUUCACCGCGUUCGCUGUAUUGCGUGCAUGGCGUUAAUAGCCUGAUGGGCAUGGCUGUGAGCUACGUGCUGGCUGAUGAUUACUUCGUGCGCUACAAACUGCCGAAGGUGGAGCGUAUGUUAAAUGAUAUCAGACAUGCUUUCGAUAUGCUAGUGCGUCGCACUUCUUGGAUGGAUGAGGAGACAAAACAUGAGACACUACAGAAGUCGGCAUCCAUGAAAAGUUUUAUUGGCUUUCCGGAUUGGUUGCGCAAUGCAACGGCGCUGAAUGCACACUAUGCGGGCGUGCAGGUGAAUGCGAGUACACACUUGGAGAAUAUGAUUGGCGUGCUGCGCUGGGAGAUGCAGGAUAAAUUGGACAAUCUCUACAGAACAGAACCAUUCGGUUGGGCAACGGCACCAUCGAAUGUCAACGCCUUUCACACUUUCCAAUCGAACACGAUAACUAUACCCAUUGCCAUACUGCAGUAUCCUUUCUACGACCUCGGCAUGGAAGCGCUGAAUUAUGGCUCUGUCGGCACAAUUUUGGGGCACGAGCUGACGCAUGGAUUUGACGACAGCGGACGAAUGUUCGACAAGAAUGGCAACAUGCUGCAAUGGUGGACGAAUGAGACGAUCAAAGAAUAUAUCAAUCGCACAGAAUGUUUUGUAGAGCAAUAUAGUCGCUACUAUCUGCCCGAUGUGGAAGAAUAUGUCGACGGUGAGCUUACAUUGGGUGAAAAUAUCGCCGAUAACGGUGGCAUGCGUGAGGCAUUUCAUGCUUAUCGUAUGUUUGUGAAAGAAAACGGCGUUGAACGGCUGCAAUUGCCUGGUUUGGAGAAAUACACGAAUGAACAGCUGUUUUUCAUUUCAUUCGGAAAUCUGUGGUGUGAAACGUAUACGCCGGCGGCUUCACGUUAUGCGCUCGAAGACUCGCAUUGUCCCGGGAAGAUACGUUUAAAGGGUGUACUCUCCAAUUCUGAAGAGUUUGCGCAAACUUUCAAGUGUAAGCGGGGCGCAGCCAUGAAUCCGAUGGAGAAGUGUCGUCUCUGGUGAAUGGUACUAAUGA